CGGCCCCACAAUGCAACGCGCCGGAAGCGCGCAUGGCGGCCGGUGACUGUUGCCCAGCUGCCUGGGGAUGAGGUGAAGUUGCCGGGCUGCCCCGAGACGGAGCCAUGUGCCGCCAAGCUGUUCGCCCCGCGGCAGCCGCAGAUCACUGUUCCAUAUAAGAAAAAUUACAGACUACAAAUAUGGGAAAGAAACGGAUCAAAGGCAAAACUGCACAGUCUGAUGAGUCUCUGGAUACGCUGGAACCUGUGUGCAAACAUAUUCGUAAAGGAUUGGAACAAGGUCAUCUGAAAAAGGCACUGCUAAAUGUGGUGGAAUGGCAUGUUUGUCAGGACUGCAAGGCAGAUAAUAAAACAGAAGAGAAAUCUGAGGAGGAGACUGAUGAAAGCCCUUCAAUAUGGUUGUGUUUAAAAUGUGGCCACAGGGGCUGUGGCAGAAAUUCUCCAGAAGGCCAUGCUUUAAAGCAUUAUGCAACACCGAGAUCAGAUCCUCAUUGUUUGGUUCUCAGUUUGGACAACUGGAGUGUGUGGUGCUACAUAUGUGAUAAUGAAGUCUUCUAUAACACUUCAACCCGAUUGGGUCAGACUGUGGAUUAUGUUAGAAAACAAGUUGGUGCUGACUCAUCACAUACAGUAGAUAAACAACAAGAGAACAAAGAGUUAGAAAACAAGAAAGUAGAAAAAGACAGCAAAAAUGAGCAAGAAAAAGAAGUCUUGCUUAAAGAAGAGAAUUCUCGUUCAAGUGCUAGCUUGGAAGUGACUGUGAAAGGACUUAGUAACUUGGGGAAUACAUGUUUCUUUAAUGCAGUGAUGCAGAAUUUAUCACAAACCCCAGUCCUGAUGGAGCUGCUUAAAGAAGCUAAAAUGCCUGGCACAACAGUUAAAAUCGACUCACCUGAGUUAUUCAUGGAACCUCAGCUGAUAAAACUGGAUCAGCCAGGUCCUUUGACAUUAGCCAUGUAUCAGUUCCUGACAGAAAUGCAAGAGACAAAAAGAGGGGUAGUUACUCCUAAGGAACUUUUUGCUCAGGUUUGUAAAAAAGCAAUACGAUUUAAAGGCUAUCAGCAGCAAGACAGUCACGAACUGCUUCGUUACUUACUCGACGGAAUGAGAGCGGAAGAAAUCCAACAAAUAAGUGUUGGAAUACUGAAGGCGCUGACUGACUCUAACAAACAAAGUGAAGAAGAACUUAAAAAGAAAAUUAAAGAAUACGAAAAGAAAAAGGGAAUACAAAGUUUUGUAGAUCGACUCUUCGGUGGAGAAUUAACCAGUACGAUUAUGUGUGAGGACUGCAGAACCGUAUCCUUAGUCCAUGAGUCUUUCCUUGAUUUGUCGCUUCCUGUACUAGAGGAUCAGAAAGUAAAAAUUACGAAUGAGAGAAACUUUAAAAAAAGCAAAGAAAAGGAAUCAGAAGAUGAAGAAGAUAAAAACAAUGAUUGUUAUCUUAAGCAGAGAGAUGAGCCCCCUGGUACAAGUAAGCACCUUCAGAAAAAAGCAAAGAAACAGGCCAAAAAACAAGCCAAGAGCCAGCGCCGCCAGCAAAAACUUCAAGGAAAGGUGCUUCACUUGACAGAUAUCUGUGCAACUGAACAGGCAGAAAAAGAUACUGAGUAUAACCAAGAAUCAGAGAUGGAAAUUAACUCUGAAACUCCUGAUAUGAAGCAAGAAGAGGAAUCAUCAAAUGAUUGCAAAGAUAACUGCUUAAUUCAAAAAGACCUGAGUAUACAGGGAAGUAGUACAGAAGUUCAGAGCGCACAUGAAAAUACAGGAAAGCCAGAACAAGAGUGUGUAGAAAAUGAGUCUCUUGUGGAUCUCCCUGUGGAAAGCUUAGAUUCUCCUAUAACAAUUGUCAAUGGACUUGACAACCUAUCUUUGAAAGAUGAGGAGGAUGAAAAUGAAGAUGAAGAAGACCUUGCUACCAACUUUUCAAAACUACACUUGGUUGCCAGUGCUGAAUCUGAUACAAGUACCUUAGAUGAACUUCCAGCUGUUCCUGUCAAGACAUGUGAAGUAUCGUCUGAAGAUCCAGAAACAGCAUUUUGUACUCUUGCAAACAGGGAAGAACUGAACCUGGAAGAAGGUUCAGUCCAUCACUGUUUGUAUCAAUUUACCCGCAAUGAAAGACUUACUGAGACCAAUAAACUACUCUGUGAUGUAUGUACACAAAGACAUAAUGGACCAAAGAACAACGUAAAAAGUAUGACAAAUUAUAUUUUCAAAGAAAACUUCAAAUAUGUCCCUAUCUGCUACUUGGGUGAAAAGAAGUGUAUUUAUACUAAUGCCAAAAAGCAGAUGCUAAUCUCUCUUGCUCCUCCUAUUUUAACUCUUCACUUAAAGAGGUUUCAGCAGGCUGGAUUUAAUCUACGGAAAGUUAACAGGCAUAUCAAGUUUCCAGAAGUGAUAGACUUGGCUCCUUUCUGUACAACUAAAUGUAAAAACGUGCCUGAAGGAAAUACAAAAGUACUGUACUCUCUUUAUGGAGUUGUUGAACAUAGUGGAACAAUGAGAUCUGGGCACUACACUGCUUAUGCUAAAAUGAGAAGUAUGAACAGCCAUCUCUCUGAUCUUGUCCUUCGAGGACAAUGCCCUCAAGCUUUAGAAACUGAACCAGUAAAAGGACAGUGGUUCCACAUCAGCGAUACCCAUGUGCAAGCUGUGUCUGCGUCGAAAGUGCUGAGCUCGCAAGCCUAUCUCCUCUUCUAUGAGCGACUGCUGUAACUUGUCUGAGAAGCCUUCUUGUGUGUGCAGCCGUCUUCAGGUGGUCUGAAAGAACCUUGUUAAAUGUUGGAGCCACUGUAUCCAACUGCGGGAAUAUACUUUGCUUUGUGCUUCUUAGACACACUGACAAGUGGUUAACUUAUACUUUUUCCAGUGUUUUCUCUACUUUUAAAUAAAAGUAUUUUCAGAGUUACA